CACUGCAACAUUCUAAGCUGUGAUUUGCUGCAACCUAUGCUUGCAGUGUGAGUGUGUUUGGGGUCUCAGCAGAAUCUAUGCAGUGUUCUUAUGAUUCCAAAGGAAACAGUGUCCCCACUAUUCUAUUGCUAAUGCAGGACCGUUUAUACUCACAAGGAGGCUUAAAGGCUGAAGGUAUAUUUCGGAUAAAUCCGGAAAAUAGUCAAGAGGAGCAUGUGAGGGAUCAGUUAAACAGAGGCAUUGUGCCGGACAACAUCGAUGUCCAUUGCUUGGCCGGGCUAAUUAAAGCCUGGUUCCGGGAGCUUCCUUCGGGGAUACUAGAUGGACUCUCACCAGAGCAAGUUCUUCAGUGCAACACGGAAGAAGAGUCCGUUGAGCUCGUGAAGCAGCUAAAGCCAACGGAGUCUGCAUUGCUCAGCUGGGCUAUUGAUCUCAUGGCUGAUGUUGUGGAAGAGGAGGAGUGUAACAAAAUGAAUGCUAGAAAUAUUGCAAUGGUUUUUGCCCCAAACAUGACUCAGAUGUCUGAUCCUCUAACUGCCCUGAUGCAUGCGGUUCAAGUGAUGAACUUGCUCAAGACACUGAUAAUGAAGAAUCUAAGAGAACGUGAAGAAACCACAACCGGAUAUUCUCCCAUGUCAUUUCGCUCAUCGAAUCACCAGUCCGAGGAAGAAUAUGACAGUCAGCGAGAAACAGACACCAGUGGUGAAUUGAGAGGGACUAAGUCGGAUUAUAACGAUCAUCACCCUCACUAUAGCCAUAGCAGUGAAGGGGAGGAAGAAAGGGAGGCUGAAUCUUUAAGCGAGAUUGAAGAAUGCUUCUUGAAGCAGUUGGAUGAUGAUAACACAAAAGGGUUCUCACAACAAGAACCUUCAGGCUAUUUGCAAGAGUACAUUAACCCUAUAAGUUGUUGCUCAGGUUUUAGCAUCAAAUCCAUUGCAUCAAUUGCCGACGGAACCAUAAAUUCCAGCUUGAGUUCCAUUGAUGGAGAAAGGUUGAGGACAAGGGUGGCUGCCGUGAGCUCAAACAUUGAAAAAAGCAGCCCGUCAAUAGAAUGUACAGGAACCAAUGACGUGAAGAUGAUUGAUAAGUUUUCCGAUUCUGCUCCGCCGCUGCUUGCAUCUAGUUGAAAAACUGGAUUUCAUUUCAGUAGGUUUUUUCAAGAGACAUGUCAUGUAUAUUCACAUUUGCCUCCCACAUUCAAUGGCCACACACCUUCCUCCCAUGUAAUAGAAAAGAGAGGUGUGUUAGCUUAGUGUAUGAGACAGAAUGAGUAUACGAAACAUUCUCUUUUCUAAGUUCCUUGUUUCAUAUUUUGUCUCAACAAGCAGGUUUUGUUUGUGUAAAUUUUAAUACAUGAAGUAGGAACUGUAUGGCUUGUUGUGGAUUGUUGGAAGGUUACUGUGUUCAGCUUAGGCUGAAUUUGACCUUGUUCUGUAUGUUCAAAAAGUACUAGACAACUCUAACCAUGACAAAUUUCACUUCUGUGAAAAGUUGUAAGAUUGAUGAAUUCCAUGGAAAUAGGCAUAAUGAUGUAGGUCUAA